GACGCACCAUGGAUAUAAAUUGACUACUUGUUUUCUCCAAUUCCAAGAACUUGGGGGCGAAAACUAUUUCUCCGAAUGGACACUAAUAUCUGUUUAUAUUGUGAGAAGCCAUUAAAAAACAAUUCUGGUAAUAGUAGUUUUUGUUCUCGAAAAUGUCACGCCAACGAAGCAAGCAAGACGCAGUUACCUGGAUGGGUGACACCUUUGGGCGGGUCGUGGAGCCGUAUCCGGAAAGCUAAAAUAGCCACGAGAGCCCAGAAUGUUUCGUUUUUUGGCAACCUGUUUCAUUCGAGGCAGUCCUUAUUUGUCUCCCCUCAUGCAUCCAAACCGUCUCGCCCAUUAUCAUCACAUGCUACCGAUUUGCCAAGCACCACCACCUCCAUCUUCUCUCCUUUGGAAGACACCCGUCACAAGAUCCCAUCUUGCUCCAUCGCCUCUCCACCUUCUUCGCCCUGUCAACAACGUAUCAAGGCCUUGUCCACAGAAGAUGAUCAACCAAGAACUAUUGACGAUCAGACGCUGCUAUAAUCUUGGCUGGCCUUUUGUAUGAAUCUGGAUCCAAGUUCCAAGCCCUAGCCAAGUCAUUCUCAUAUCAGAUUUUUUUCAAGGCACAUGACACGGCAUGCGCC